UUAAGCAGCCUUUUUCAUUGAAGGGUGUCUUCUUGUACCACUUAGAUAAAUAAAGGGUCUGUUCUGUAAUUUUUUGGUAACUUUCUUUUUCGGGAAAGUAUCGUCUUUUCUAUAAAAGAGCAUCCGCGAACUAGCCACGCUCCUGAAUGUCUUAAGUUAACAAGGACCCACGAGCUCCCCACAAGAGACAUAACGAUGGACCACCAACAUAAUCCAUUUGUCUAUAACUACCCAAACAUCCACCCAUAAGAUUGCAUGGCUAACCGGCGCCGCAAUUCCUCAGCUUUUCAGCUACCCCAAAAUGAUCAUACAGCUUCUCAAUCCACCGCAGCAGCAGGUGGCUCCUCCCCAGUUUACCAUGGAAUCCGAUUGCGAGCUGGGAAAUGGGUUUCUGAAAUUCGUGAAAACAAGUCCAGUCGCAUAUGGCUUGGUUCGUAUCCGACACCAGAGAUGGCUGCUGCUGCUUACGACGUGGCUGCAUUGGCAAUCAAAGGUAAGUAUGCAGUCCUAAACUUUCCAGAAUCUAUUCUCGAAAAUACGCUUCCCGAGUGUCCUACUGCCGAUGACAUCCGUGCCGCAGCUGCAAGAGCAGCUGCCGCUCGAUCACCGGCGUAUGAGUAUGGUGGCGGAAGCAUGACGGUGGGUGGUACAAAUACAGCUCCUCCAGCUGGACCUGGUAUGUAUGUGGAUGAUGAAGCAGUGGUUGGCAUGCCAAGUCUGUUGUCAGAUAUGGCGGAGGGAAUGCUCCUUAGUCCACCGAGGAUCGAUUCUGAUCCGCCAGAUGAUGGAACAUAUUAUUCCGGUGGAGGAAAUCUGUGGAACUACUAAAGCAAUCUUAGUAACAACCGGUAUAUGCAUAUGAUGCCGAUCAAUAUCUGUAGGACUUUAUUGUAAGAUUUUAUCGUGUGCCUUCGUUUUUUUUUUUUAUCUCCAAGAUGAUCAUCGGUUAGCUAACAAAAUAACCAUGAAGAAGUUGGAGUUUCUGGGUGAAUGUAACACACCGAGUGAUAUGUAAGGGUUGCACCGGUUAUCUUUACGUAAUUUUACAUGGUUCUAAAUAAAUGCAUGUAACAUAUAUAUUUGAUCUAUAGCCUAUAGGUGUUAUGAAAUAAAAUUUACCGGUUGAGUUUAUAUUG